AUGCCGCAGUUUGUAUUUAAUCCAAACAGACUUAAGAUCCAUCUCAAGCUAGCUGUUAACCGUCUUAAGCUUGUACAACAAAAGAAAAAUGUACUUAAUAAACAAGCGCGAAAGGACAUUGCUGCCUUACUUGAAAAUUCAAAAGAAGAGAGCGCAAAAAUACGGGUUGAAGGCAUUAUUCGAGAAGAUUAUUAUAUCGAAGCAAUGGAGAUGCUGGAACUCUAUUGUGAACUUCUUUUGGCAAGAUUUGGACUUUUAGAACAAAUGAAUGAGGCAGUGAAUACUUUAAUUUAUGCAGCGCCCAGAUCAGAAAUUAAGGAAUUAAGUUUGGUUCGAGAUCAACUAAUUGCAAAAUUUGGAAAAGAAUUCGCAUUAAAUGCGAUCGAAAAUAAGAAUAAUUGUGUGAAUGAAAAGCUUAUACAAAAGCUCAUGUUCAGUACAGCAGAUUCUUAUUUGGUGAAUAGUUAUCUUGAGGAGAUCGCCAAAUCAUAUAAUGUAAAUUGGCAAUUGGAUCCAAGCGUGGAAGAUUCAUUGUUAGGAAUGGACUUUUUAAAUACAAGAAAUAAAACGGAACUUACCGCCUUACCAGACAUGGAACUACUUUUGUCUUUGAAUAAUGACAAAGGAGGAAAUAGUCAGCUGUCUUCAAUAACUUCGUCCGAUUCCGAUUGUCUUGUUCUAGACAUUCCCUCCCUUCAACCGCCUGACAACAAAAAGAAUAAUAAACAUGAUAAACUUGCUAGUAAUAACAGCGUCAAAACAACUACGAGAAACUCUAUACCAAAAUCUACAACUAAAUUUACGACUAAAUCUACAGACGGCUUACCAGAUUUUGAUGAAUUGGAAAGAAGGUUUGAGGCUUUGAAAAGGAAAUAA